GUGGAGCCGGGCAGCGUUCUUUGCGCACGUGGAGAGAGAGAAAGAGAGAGAGAGAGACCGUUGCCGACCCCCUGGUGGAAAUGGCCGCGUCGUCCGUGGAGGACCUGCUGGCUCGCGCCGAGGAGCGCGAGGCGGAGACGCAGCGCAGCGUGACGGUGCACAAGGAGCUGGAGCUGGAGUUCGACGUGGGCAACCUGCUGGCGGUGGACAAGAACCCGGCGCCGCGCGGCGCGGGGGCCGGCUGCCCGCAGCGCGAGGCCCUCCUGCGCGCCUUGGCCCGCGACAACACGCAGCUGCUGGUGGGCCAGCUGUGGGCGCUGCCGUCGGAGCGCGCCGAGGGAGGGGCGGGCCCGGUGGUGGCGCGGCUGCCGGACCCUUCGACGCGGCUGCCCCGGGAGAAGCCGCUGCCCAAGCCCAAGCCCCUCACGCGCUGGGAGCAGUUCGCCCGGCUCAAAGGCAUCCGCCCCACGCGGAAGAAGCGCGGCACGCUGGUGUGGGACGAGGCGGCCAAGGAGUGGCGGAGGCGCUGGGGCUACCAGAGGGCCGGCGGGGACCCGUCCCGGGACUGGCUGCUCGAGGUGCCCGACUCGGCCCAUCCGCUCGAGGACCAGUUCGCCAAGAAGCGCCAGGAGAAGCGCGAGAAAGUGGCGCGCAACGAGUACAACCGCCUCAGGAACCUGGCGCGCGCCCACCGCGGUGGCGCCUCGGCCGCCGAGCUGCACCCCACGGGCCACCAGGACCGCUCCGAGUUGGGCCGAGUCACCGCCCUCGCCCGCGUCUCCACCGCCUCCGUCGGCCGCUUCCAGCCUCGCCUCCCCAAGGAGCCCCGCGCUCCGCAAAGCGCCCGGGGCAAGAAGCGCCGCUUCGGGCCCGUGUUGGGAGACCUCGACGGGGAGAAGAAGAGGCAGCUGGAGCUGGUCCGGAGCCUGGGCAGCAAAAAGACGCCUCUGGACCUGACCCGCGCCGUCAACAAGCAGCUGCGGGAAGACGAGGCCGAGGCUGCCAAAGCCAAGGGCAAGAAGCAGGGGCAGCGGGGCAAGAGGGGCCGGCGGCAGCAGCAGAGGCCCGGUGGGGCCAAGGGCAAGAAAAGUGGAGGGGCAGCUCGGAGAGGGAAGGCCGGGAGACCGGGAAGUGGUGGCUUCAAGGGGAAACGAAAAUGAGCCUGGCCACCAAGGAUGACAGGAGCAGCUGCCCCCAGUAUGCGUCAUCUAAGGAGAACUGAGGGCCUCAGCAAAUUACAGGACUGUCUCUUAAUUAUGGUUACUAUGUUUAAGAAAACGUGGCCUUGACUUGCAGAGACUUUUUUCUCUACUUAGAUAGUGGUCUUAGACCCUCUUGAGAACUUCGUUAGGCCAAAGAAACAAAAGUGGGGUGAGACCUUUAUCCCUCCAAAAAAACAAUCCAGACUCUGAGCAAUAAUACUUGACUGAAUUGGAGCUGGAGUGGCCUUGAGAAGGCAGAUCUUUUCACUCUGCAAAGAAGAAAAGUUACAUAAGAUGUUUAGUGAAGAUCUCAUGGAGCGUAUAAUUUCCCAAAAGUUACAGAAAUCGAGUUCAUUUUUUAUUCUAUACUGUGACUUGGAUUGACAAUAGUCAUAAAAUCAUGGCAAGGGUGUGUUGGAAUAUUUCUAAGGUUCUGCACCAUACAAAAUAUAAUCCUAAUAGGCUUUCUUUACUUUUAGUGAUAUCUGAAGAGAAUAUCUUUAAGUCAAACGUGUCUGAAAAUCUGUAAUGAUGACAAUGUGAGUGCAGAUAAUCCUGCAAAGUAAUACGGAAAGAGCAGAGCAAUUCCAGACCACAUGCAUACUUCUUUUUAGCCUAGUAGUUGAAUCCAAUCCAAAGUUUGAUAUUACAUGGAUCUUAAAUAUUGAUGUGACUCUGAGAAUUCCUGUGUUUCUUUUGAAAGUCACAGAAGAAACUCAUUGAUUUGCGUCUAAAUUUGUGUUUUAUAUAAAUAUUUUAUGUUGUAUAAUAAAUAAUGUGUCUUUGUCUUAAAUUGGGAGCUCACUAACUUAAAUUCAUAGGUUAGAAAUGUUUUUCUCAACUCGUAUAAAACCUGGGAGAAACCUGAAGUAUGUAAUUUUCAGAUAAUAGAUUCUAAUAUAGAAAAACCCUACAAGCCUGAUUUCUUUUACGAUGUUUUAAGUAUUCAGGGAUUACCAUAAUUCCAUUCUAUUAAGAAGACACCACACAUAUAUCCUUGCCUUGAAAAUGCUACAGCUCACUCUGUUAAAAAUAUUUUUAUGGAUACUUGAUAACCUUUAUUUGUGAAAAAUGCACAGUGUUGUUAGUACAGAUUUGGUAGCCUAAGUUUUCAUUAGUCAUGAAAGACUAAGGUGUCCUUACCUUUUAAAAAGAGGAAUGUAUAUGAAAAUAUCACUAGUUGUACAGUCUUCUUGAGAGCACUGCAGGAAGGCUGUUCUUAUCAGCUGGUCAUAUUUGAAAGCUGCUUUCUGCUUACUUAGUGGGUGCUUCCUUCCCUCCUCCCCACUUUCAUUCCUAUAGGUUCCUGAGCAGCCUCUCCAGUGAGUGGGACUGCUGCUGAACACGUAGCUUUGUCAUAUGGGGCUGCAGUAGAGGGGAAGGAACUACCUGAAAUGGGCAGGAUAAUCUUUUGCUGGUGGAGUACAAUAUCACUUUUCAAAGGACGGGACCCCUGCUGAAUAUUGUGAGCUUUGCUGGUUUGUAAUGGGGUCUGUAUUUAACUGGGUUAAAAUACUAAAGGUAAAGUAAAGGUACCCCUGCCUGUACGGGCCAGUCGUGUCCGACUCUGGGGUUGCGCACCCAUCUCACUUAAGAGGCCGGGGGCCAGCGCUGUCCGAAGCUCUUCUGGGUCACUUGGCCAGCGUGACAAGCUGCAUCUGGCGAGCCAGCGCAGCACACGGAAACGACGUUUACCUUCCCACUAGUAAGCGGUUCCUGUUUAUCUACUUGCACCCGGGGGUGCUUUCGAACUGCUAGGUUGGCAGGCGCUGGGACCGAGCAACGGGAGCGCACCCUGCCGCGGGGAUUCGAACCGCCGACCUGACGAUUGGCAAGUCCUAGGCGCUGAGGUUUUACCCACAGCGCCACCCGUGUCCCUUGGGUUAAAAUACUAGUUUAAUGCAAAUUCCAUACCAGGUUACUGUUGCUUUAAAAACCACACAUCUGAUCUCUUUCUGACUGAAAAUAAUACAGCAAUUGAAUAUCUCUGUAAACAAUGCAGUUAGUUGCUGCCAUUUCACAAUAUUAGUAAAGCUAUUUGUG